AUGACCAGAGUGAUUAUGGCAAACAAGCUGAGGAUGCAGGGCAGCAAGGACACGCAUAAGACCCAAAAGCCUGAGAUGAAGAGCACCACCAUCCACUGCUCCAUCUUGUCCAGACGGAAGCUGGCUGUCUUCGUGGCUGAGCAAAGGGAGGCCCUUGGAGAAGAUGCGGAGCCAAAGGUGGCUGAGGAGGAAGAAGAGCAGAGAAGGAGUCAUAAGGAGAUUGAGGAGAGCAGGCAGAGGCUGGCCAAGCUGCUUUUUGACGGCACGCAGAUGGUGACAAAUAUCCAGGUGGCUGCUGACUUGAGGGAAACGCAGAGGAGGGCAGAGGAGGCAGAGCUGAAGCUGCAGAGGGUGGAGAAGCUGGAGAAUGAAGCCAAGUCGAGCACAUACAAGUUCGAGGAGAUCACCUCCAAGUGGGCCUUGGCCAAGGAGAUGACGGUCCCGCAGGAGCUGUGGCAGCUGCUUAACCAACAGCAGCAGCAGUGCGCGCUGCUUCUGGAGGAGAAGAACAAGCUCAUCGGUGACCUGCAGCAGGAACUGAAAAACAAAGACGAGCAAUACGUGCAGGCCAUUAAGAAGCAGUCAGAUGAUAUCCACCUGCUUUUGGAGAGAAUGGAGGAGCAUGUCAGGCUCAUGCUGAAAACUUACCGUCACAAACUCCUGCGGAUUGAGAAAGCUUUUGAGCUCGAACGGCGAGAACUGCUGGACAACAACAGGAAGAAGUGGGAGGAAGCCAUCCAGGCCCACAACACACAGGAGAUGGAAUACCUGCGUGCCCGUAUGAGGAAGGUGGAAGAGUUUGAGAAACAGCUGAAUCAGCUGCGGGUGCAGGAUGAGGAGGAGUAUAACAGCAUGAAGAUCCAGCUGGAGAACGAUGUGCAGAACCUGGAGAGGCAGCUCCAGCAGUUGAAAGCCAUCUAUCAGCUGAACCAGGAGAAGCUGGAGUACAGCCUUCAGGUGCUUAAGAAGCAGGAUGAGGAGAACACCAUCAUCAGAUCCCAGCAGAGGAGGAAGCUCAACCGGCUCCACAGCUUGCUCAAUAACCUGAGAACAAAACUCUCCAAACAAGAGAAGCAGUUCGGAGAGGAGAACCAGAGUCUGGCAGCCGACUGCGAGCGCAUCACGGGGCAGUGCAAGGAGGUGCAGAGGAGCAUGAGGCACUUUGCUCUCAGCGACGCUGAGAAGUUCACAGAGGUCUGGCUUAUGAACGAGGAGGAAGCCAAAGGGCUGAUGCGGAAAGCCCUCGAUGCAGAUCGCAUCAUUCACACCCAGCAACUGGGGCUGCCCUGGGAAGAGCCUCGUUACUGGUUCCUGAAUAACAUCGGCCCCCUCGGGCAUUACGGAACAAAGAGGAUGGCGACCAAGCUGGCUGCGGAGGUCUUGACAGAGGGCAGCUCUGGAGGACAGGAGGAGGAAGGGAGAGAGAAGGAGAAGGAAGGAGCGGGCAGUGUAGAAGGAGGAAAAGAAAACACAGCGAAGGUUGAGGAGAGAGUCCCACCUCUGCGAAAUAUCUCCAAGAAGACUGCCAAGAGGAUCCUGGAGCUCGUGAGCGACGAGUCGGGUUUCCUCAUUGAGAGCAAGCUGCUGAGGCCCCUGCAGGCGCUGGGGAGGCAUGAGCGCACCCUCAUGAAGCUCGACUCCAUCUUUGCGGCCCUCGAGAUCGACAGCGAGGAUGACCUGUACCAGCUGGUGGAUUUUUUCCUGAAGUACAAAGCCCAGGAGGGGGCGGUCAGCCAGAGCCAGGACAGCCCAGGUGGAGAAGAUGUCACAGAUCCAGCUGAGGACAGAGAGGACGGUGGAUCCGGUGCCCAGAGGGAUGAGCUCAAAUCCCCUCGGAGCUCGCUGGGCUCCCUUCCAUCUGCGUACAUCCAUGCUGAUGAUGUCCUAAAGAUCCUGAAAAUGUUUGUGCGGGAUUUUGACAAGCUGAGGGAGAAGGACGGAUCAGCAAAGGAGGUGCUACAGGUGCGGGACAGCUCUAAGGACGGCGAGUACUGGGAAGCCCUGGCGCACGUUAUCCCUGAGCCGACGCUGAAGCUGUGGGACGCGCUGGCGGUGGCACUGGAGGAAUAUUACGAGGUCCUCACGCGGAGGGCCAGCCUGCUGGCCGAAGCAGCCGUCCUGCGGCAGCAGAACUCGGAGCUGUACCUGCUGCUGGAGGAGUACGUCGGCUCGGGGGUGAACAGCAAGCUGCUCUCCCCUCCCACGCAGUGGAUGGACCUGAACCUGUCCUGCCCCGGGGAAACGCGCCGGGACUCCCGGAAAGCCCCUCUCCCGCCUCCCCCCAUCCCUCCAUCCCUCCCCAGCGCCAUGGAGAAGGAAGCCGGACCCUCAACCAGCAGCGCGGUGGCCUUGGCCUCAUCCUCCACAGCCACCUUCAAGGAAGAACUGCUGUGUCCCAUCUGCUACGAGCCUUUCCGGGAAGCCGUGACGCUAUGCUGCGGCCACAACUUCUGCAAGGGCUGCGUGAGCCGUUCCUGGGAACACCGACACCACGUCUGCCCCGUCUGCAAGGAGACCUCCUCCUUCGACGACCUUCGCGUCAACCACACCCUCAACAACCUGGUGGAGAUGAUCCUCAAAGAGGAAGGACAGCUGCAGGGCCGGGGGGUCGCCCUCUGCCCCCUGCACCAAGAAGAAGCCAAACUCUUCUGCCUGGAGGACAAGGAGUUGGCGUGUUUCAUCUGCCAGAGCUCCAAGCAGCACGAAGGGCACAAGAUGCGGCUGGUGCAGGAGGUGGCGGCGGAUUUCAGGGCCAAGCUGAAGAACAUGGAGACCUCCCUGCGGGAUAAGGCGAAGGAUUUCUGGGCCGUGCAUCGCUCCUACGAGUCCAUUUCCAAACACAACCAGGUGCGCGGUGCCUUCCUGGCAGGGAAGCGACGGGUCCCGUCCUGA